UAUUCUUUGUACGUAUAAAAACAAGGUUUAAUUGAUCAAAACUAAUUUAAUAAUCAAUAUAUAAUUAGAAUCACCGAGGCAUUAACGAGUUAACGUAACGUCUUGUCAGUUGUCAAACAGUUAGCAGACGAUCGAGUUCACAACAAAGGCAUGUGCACGCUAGGCGUAAGGCUAUCUGUGGGGUCUUUUAUGUUUCAAGAAAUCUUUGUUGAGUCAGGUUUCAAACUGAUUUCCUUCAAAAAAUGUGAAGAUAAAAUCUUUCCGGCACCCCUUAUCACUGCAUAUUAAGAAUUUGGUUAUCAAUGAUGGAGACCAGCACACGAGAUUUUUUUAUUGGAUUAAGUCUAGCAGUUUUGUCUUGCUUUUUUAUAGGUUCCAGUUUUAUCAUUAAAAAACUUGGAUUGCUUAGGCUUCGUGGUUCUACAUCUACUCCAGCUGCUGAUGGAGGUUUUGGAUACCUACAAGAUUGGGUUUGGUGGACAGGACUUAUCACAAUGGGAAUCGGGGAGGCCAGUAAUUUUGCAGCUUAUGCUUUUGCUCCGGCUGCCCUUGUUACUCCUCUCGGAGCUCUCUCAAUUCUUGUCUCUGCUGUAUUAGCACCAAAAUUUCUGAAUGAGAAGUUGAAUAUUCUAGGCAAGAUAGGAUGUAUGCUUUGCAUUUUGGGAUCCAGUAUUAUUGUUAUUCAUGCUCCUAAAGAAGGUGAUGUAAAUUCCAUUCAAGAGCUCAAUAAAAAAAUUUUUGAAUCAGGUUUUGCUUACUACAUAUUAGUGGUGGCGACACUCGCAAUAUAUUCCAUCAAAUUCAUCGUGCCUCGCUAUGGGAAAAAAAAUGUUGCUGUAUACAUAUUCAUUUGUUCCAGUAUAGGCUCGUUGUCAGUAAUGUGCUGUAAAGGUCUAGGCCUUUGCAUUCGUGAAAGCAUGUCAAGCCCAGAACGUUCAGCUCUUAACAAACAGUUUUUCCUAUUUCUUAUUCCGCUUGUAAUUUGCAUCGUCGUUCAGAUGAACUACCUGAAUAAGGCCUUGGAUUCCUUUAGUUCGAAUUUAGUCAAUCCUGUUCACUAUAUUUUCUUUACCAGUUUUGUUAUCUUAGCUUCAUCAAUUUUGUUUCAAGAAUGGCACCAUAUUGCGGGUGUCGAUGUGUUUGCUACAUUAAUUGGUCUCACCGUCGUCAUCAUUGCAUUGUUCCUAAUAAGUUCUUUUAACGAUUCACAAAUUACUCUAUCGGAGAUAUAUUCUUCUUCUUCGAGAAAAUAUCUGAAUUAAGGUAUUAAGCUUUUGAAUACGCCAAUCAAAUUAUCAUGAAGGUACUAUAUUUUAUUUGUAAUAGUAUUAACUUCUAUAAACUAUGUGAAUGAGAAAGUUUCUACACUCUGCUUAAGCCUAAUUGUGAAAAAUAUAUUGAUUGUUACAUAAUGAUGCAUGCAUCCUAUUGAAAUACAGCAUUCGAAGCACAAA